GUAAUUACUUCAAUUGGCAGGAGACGUUGAAGGAAAGUCGGAAGCAUAUGACGUUGGAAGAAUAAUCCAUUGUGAAAGAAAGCAGAUCUGGUUGCCAACUCAAACACGGAAACCUAGGUGAUAUUAUCAUCAAUCCGAUUGGAGCAAGGUAACAGGACCUCUCCCUUCUUCCCGUCCUCACGGAUCGCUCGGCAUUCAAGCUCAAUAUUCUCUUGCGGUUCCUGACACUCGCUCUGAAAAUGGCUAGCACUUUCUCCCGGGUCCUCACCAACAGGAAGACGAGCGGAAUCCUAACCCUGGUGGGAGCCGGCUCCCUGGCGGCCGGUUACCUACUGACCAAGGAUGGCCUGAAGGCAGGGACCGACAAGAGGAAACUCUACCCCGCCAGUGCCGACUACCCCGACCUUCGAAAGCACAACAACUGCAUGUCCUCCUGCCUGACCCCUGCAAUAUACGCCAGACUUCGGGACAAGACCACGUCCAAUGGCUGGACACUGGAUCAGUGCAUCCAGACUGGAGUGGACAAUCCUGGUCACCCAUUCAUCAAGACCGUUGGCAUGGUCGCAGGCGAUGAGGAGUCCUAUGAGGUCUUUGCUGAUAUUUUUGACCCUGUGAUCAUGGAAAGACACAAUGGAUAUGAUCCGAGGACCAUGAAACACCCCACGGACUUGGACGCAAGUAAAAUUAGAGGCGGGCAGCUUGAUGAGAGUUACGUGCUGUCUUCCCGCGUGAGGACGGGGCGCAGUAUCCGCGGGCUGAGUAUGCCCCCUGCCUGUACCCGAGCUGAGAGGAGAGAGGUGGAGAGGGUGACUGUCGACGCCCUCGCUGGGCUGAAGGGAGACCUGGCUGGACGAUACUACAGCCUGUCCACCAUGACGGACAAGGAGCAGCAGCAACUCAUCGAUGACCAUUUCUUGUUUGACAAACCGGUGUCUCCUCUGCUGACCUCAUCGGGGAUGGCCAGAGACUGGCCUGAUGCCCGUGGGAUCUGGCAUAACAAUGAGAAGACUUUCCUAAUCUGGGUUAAUGAGGAGGACCACACUCGAGUCAUCUCCAUGGAGAAGGGGGGCAACAUGAAGAGGGUGUUUGAGAGGUUCUGCCGAGGCCUCAAAGAGGUGGAGAGACUGAUCUCGGAGAAGGGCUGGGAGUUCAUGUGGAGUGAGAGUCUUGGCUACAUCCUCACCUGCCCCUCCAACCUGGGCACUGGACUUCGAGCUGGCGUGCACGUGAAGCUGCCGCUGCUCAGCAAGGAUCCUCGCUUCUCGAAAAUCCUGGAGAACCUGCGGCUACAGAAACGUGGCACAGGUGGAGUGGACACGGCAGCUGUGGGCAGUGUUUUCGACAUCUCCAACCUGGACCGGCUGGGAAAAUCUGAGGUGGAACUGGUCCAGUUGGUGAUUGAUGGCGUGAACUAUCUGACUGAGUGUGAGAAGCGGCUGCAGAGAGGACAGGACAUCAAGAUCCCCCCACCGCUGAGCCAGGGCAAACGUUGAGCCCUCUGUAAUCAACCACACCCCGGGGGGUCAAUGUGUCGCUAACGUGUUCCCAUGGCUGCAAACCCUGUGGAAUUCAUCCCAACAGCAGAUUAAAUAAACUCCCCGACUGUUAAAACCAAUAUAACGUGGCUGGUAAUCACUUUAUUGUUCACUCGAUCGCAUCACCUUUUGACUUUAACUAAGUACCGAUAACUGACUGCAGGUGAAAUAUCCCAGCAGCUGUGGGACGUCCCAAACUAUGGAGGGAUUUGCGACUCUUUAACUCAUCACUGGAUGGGGGCAAUCACACAGAACCCGCCCCACUCCUGAGCGGGGGCUUCCCAGAUUCCUGUCUGAUUCCCAUGGGGAGGAAUGACCCUUGUUCCAUUCCAGUGUGGUCUUCGGCCUCCUCUAGGGUAUCGUUGUUCCUCUUCACACCUCAUUAGCAUUUUGGCUGUUUUCUUACAAGCCUGAGUUGCUAGCUUGGUGCUCAACCCAGCACAGAUGGACAGUGUGCAAGGAAGUCUGCAGGAUUCGAACCCGGGCCCACUUGCCUUGAAAGUCUGGUGCAGGUGCCACUACACCACCAGCUGACUUCUGUGGUUCCAAGGCGGAGUGUAGGACCGUUUUGUCAAGCUGAAUAGGUGGGAUUUCCCAGCGGCACCCAUUUCAAUUCGACUUCCCAUUUCCAUUUUGACAUGUCAGUCCUUGGGCUCCUCUUCUGCCGUGAUGAGGUUACUCUGAGGUUGGAGAAGCAACAUCUCAUAUUCUUGAGUCUGGCUAAUCUCCAACCCAAUGGCAUAAACAUCAUCUCUCUGAUUAACUCUCCUCUCCCCCCCCCCAUUCUUCUCUCUUUCCAUUCCCCGUUCUGGUUACCCACUCAUCCUUUCUCUGCCUGUCACCUCCCUCUGGUGCCCCUCUCCCUUACCUUCCUCCAAUUGCCCACUGUCCUCUCCCAUCAGGUUCCUUUGCCUCCUCCACUGAUCCCCUCCCAAUACCUCCCCUCUUUCACUCACCUAUCCCCUCCCAGCAUCUCCCCUCCUGCACCCACGCACCUAUCACCUGCCAGCUUGUAGUCCUACCCCCUCCCCUCACCUUCUUAUUCUGGCUUUGCCCCCUUCCUUUCCAGUCCUAAUGGAGGGUCUCGGCCUAAAACAUCAACUGUUUGUUCCCCUCCAUAGAUGUUGCCUGACCUGCUGCGGGGUGGGUGGGGGGGGGGAGUGUGAGAGAACUUCCCCAGUCCCACCCCGAGGGAGAGGGCCGUCCCCGAUCCCUGAGUGGUCGCCAUCCGCACUCUGUCCCGGGGAACUGACAGAGUCCCUGUGGAAUGAAAGGCGUUCCUGUGUGAUAGUGGUAGUUGUUCGACUAUGCCGAAUAUUUCAACGAGCAGACUUGGCUUCGGCGUUGGCAGACGAGCAGAGACCCAGAUCACGAGUGAGGACCCGCAUGACGGAGACAGCCCCGUGAUCCGGCUGGGCAGAGUGGGGGAGGAGUCGGUACCUUCAGGGCAAGUAGGCAGGGACCGCGCCGAUACCCUGAGCAUUCCCAAUCCACAGUCCGUUAUUAAAGCGAACAGAUUCACAAUGAGCGCAGUUCGUGUGAAUUAGCCUUUCUGAAUUAACUGUGGGCUGGGGCCAGAGUUAUGUUCUCCCAUUCGUGUACAGGCAUUUUAAUCACACGGGAAACAAUGUCCGGCAUCACCAGCCUGCCGACACCGGCCACUCCCGGGGUCACUGGGAGCUUGUCCGGGGGACGCUGACCACGGACCGGUACUGGGUAGAGUAAGGGCUGGGCGAAUGAGCGGUGGUCACUGGAUAUUGCCGGGACUGUCCGGUUCACUGGCCAUUCCCAGAGGAGUCUCUGAAUGGUGACCAGUGGCUUCUGACCUCUGGAAGAAAUGCCUGUCUGUUGCUAGGUUCGCCACCCGUUACCAUGGUCACUGAGCAGUGACAGGACACAGACUUAUGUCUGUCGCUGGGAUUACUGACUGUCGCCUUGGUCACUAAACAGAGAGAGGACACGGACUGAUACCGGGGUCGCCAUCUGUCGCUGGGAUUACUGACUGUUGCCGCAGUCACU